AUGGCCCUUGUCAAAUUCAACGCUGGCAAGGUCCAGUAUGACGAAACCACCCACAAGUGCACGCCGUUGCCCCACAAGGGCGUGAUCUCCAUCAAGGUCAACUCUGAUGAAGAAGGCUUUUAUGAUUUCACUUGGACGCCCAAAUCCAGCAAUGGCGAACGAGACGAGUUACUAAUAAUUCCCGGCGAUGUCAGCUUCAAACCCGUCAAAUCGUGUACUACGGGGCGGGUAGUGGCACUCACGUUUCUCAGUUCUGGUGCGAAGAACUUGUACUGGUUCCAGGACGUGGGAGACGACGAGCAAUUGAACUCGUUCACCACCAAAGAUGACGAAAUAAUCCGCAAGAUCAACGAGUUGAUAGCGGUUGGAGACGACGACGACGACGAAGAACAGGCGACCGCCGAGCCGCCAGCAGAAACCCAUACCGAAAAUGCCCCAUUGGCUCAGGAAUCGUAA